GGAUGCACGGAUGCGCGGCGGGAGGCGCGCACGCAGGAGGCGGAGUGCGGGCGGAAGUCGGCGUCUACGGAAAGGAGAAAGGAAAGGGAGACGCGGCUGGGUGCGGCGCAGCGCGGAGAGGCUGGGAGACCCGCGGGAAGACACCGCCUUCUCCCCCGCCCUCUCUGCUGAGGAUGGAAGUGACGAAAGCCGCCGAGGAGGUCACUUCCUGCUGGGGUGGAUGAGGAGGAGCCGGAGACGCCGCUGAGGAGACCGGACCGAAGACGGACCGUGCUGGGGAGAGCAGGAGGGUGAAAAUGAAAGCAGGCUGUAGCAUCGUGGAAAAGCCAGAAGCAGGUGGAGGAUAUCAGUUUCCUGACUGGGCCUAUAAAACAGAGUCGUCCCCAGGCUCCCGGCAGAUCCAACUGUGGCACUUCAUCCUCGAGCUGCUACAGAAGGAGGAAUUCCGCCAUGUCAUUGCCUGGCAGCAGGGAGAGUAUGGGGAGUUUGUCAUCAAGGACCCAGAUGAAGUGGCCCGCCUCUGGGGCCGGAGGAAGUGCAAACCACAGAUGAAUUAUGACAAGCUGAGCCGGGCCCUAAGAUACUAUUACAAUAAGAGGAUCCUUCAUAAAACAAAAGGCAAAAGGUUUACUUAUAAAUUUAACUUCAACAAGCUGGUGAUGCCCAACUACCCAUUCAUCAACAUUCGUUCAAGUGGUGUGGUUCCCCAGAGUGCACCACCAGUGCCAACAGCUUCCUCCCGAUUCCAUUUCCCACCUCUGGACUCCCAUUCGCCAACUAGUGAUGUGCAGCCAGGGCGAGGGUUCUCUGCUGGCUCCCUAACUACUUCUGGCCAUGAGUCUUUGAGUGAUGGCUCUGACAGGAAGGCGGAGCUUUCAGAGCUGGAGGACGGCUCAGCCACUGACUGGCGCCGGGGCGUGGAUCUCCUGUCCUCCCGGAAUGCUGUUAGUGGAGGAGGGAUUGGCCAUCAGAAACGCAAGCCUGACAUAAUGCUUCCUCUGUUCACUAGGCCAGGGAUGUACCCUGACCCCCACAGCCCCUUCGCUGUCUCUCCACUUCCUGGCCGUGGCAGUGUCCUUAAUGUCCCCAUUUCACCAGCCCUCUCUCUGACUCCCACCAUCUUCUCCUAUAGUCCAUCCCCAGGCCUAAGCCCCUUCACCAGCAGCAGCUGCUUCUCCUUCAACCCUGAGGAAAUGAAACACUACCUUCAUUCACAAGCCUGUUCUGUGUUCAACUACCACCUGAGUCCCAGGACUUUCCCCCGUUACCCAGGGCUCAUGGUUCCACCCCUGCAGUGCCAAAUGCAUCCAGAGGAGUCAACCCAGUUUUCUAUCAAGCUGCAGCCCCCACCAGUUGGGCGGAAGAACCGAGAGAGGGUUGAGACCAGUGAAGAGUCAGCGCCUGUCAGUGCUCCCACUGUGGCCCCUAUCCCCCCAAGAAUUAAGGUGGAGCCUGCUUCUGAAAAGGAUCCGGAGAGUCUUAGGCAAUCUGCACAAGAGAAGGAGGAGCACACUCAAGAAGAGGGCGCUGUGCUGAGGACGACCAUGGAAGCCGAGAAAGGCACCAUCUUUGCCCGCCCAGCUGCACCGCCUACCUGGCCCUCUGUACCCACUAGUACCCCAAAUGAAGAACCCCUAGAGGUGACUGAAGACAGUGAGGACAGGCCUGGCAAAGAGCCUAGUGCACCUGAGAAGAAAGAAGAUGCCCUGAUGCCCCCAAAGCUUCGAUUGAAGCGGCGCUGGAAUGAUGACCCAGAAGCACGAGAGCUGAGUAAGAAUGGCAAGUUCCUCUGGAAUGGGUCAGGACCCCGGGGACUGGCAGCAGCAGCUGCUGAUGCCUAGAACUGGAAGUGGAUUGGAAGCUGUUUAUACUAUAAUCAAAUACAUACAUGUAUUUAUGUAGCAAGAUUCCAGGGUGGGGGGGUGGGGAGGGAGGGAGGGAGGGAGUUAGACUGGUUUGAUCAUUCUAGGGGCAUAGACUUGUAUUUUUAUGUUUGGGGGAUGGGAUGGGGGUCUCUUUUGUUGUAAAUUA